AUGGAAGCUAAAAUCAUUCCAGAUCAUUUACCACCAUCAGAAUCUUUAUUUGGUGUAAAAACAAGAAAAGGUAGAGAGAAUAGAAGCAUAUUAUAUUAUAUUUUAUUUUUUACUAAAUCAAAUGUAUCAAAUGAUGAUUUCUUAUUAUUAGAAGAAAUGUUUCAGAUUACUUUUUUAUUAUAUCAAGAUUCUUUCGACGAAGAUGAUUUGGAUAAAAUAAAUUAUUUAGUUAAAAAUAAGUAUACUUUAUAUGUAUAUUUAAAAAGUAUACUUUAUAAUAAUACUUAUUAA